AUGGCGACCGAUACUAGCAGAGAAGAAGUGAUAGGUCUUUCAUCGCUUCCAGACAUUCCUCUCGCUAAUAUAUUCUCCUAUUUAAAUCCAAAAGACUUAUCGCGUUGCUGUUGUGUAAAUCGUCAAUUUAACGAGAUAGGUUCGUCAUUAUUGUCAUGGAAGAAAUGGUGUAAAAACGUCUGGCUUUURGAUACGACUGAAUCUCUUCCCAACAGAGCGUGGCGAGAUGCUUAUGCCGAGGAGUCUAAGAAAUGGGGCAAAUAUGGAGAUUGCUAUACUGCAAUACGCAGAGCUUGGAACCAAAUCGAAGAAUUUACAGAAAAACAUUGUCCUCAGAUUUAUGGGUCACUGAAUCCUGGAUUAAAUGAAGAAGAAAUCGARAGGAUAUGUCACCGUCAUUUGAAAGGGCUAAAACUUCCCCUUGAUGUACAGUGUUCUUAUCGUAUUCACAAUGGACAGAGACUAGUGAGUCCAGGUUUGAUUGGUUCAAUGGCUAUCUCCAAUCACUAUCAGAGUGAAUCAUUGCUUGAUCUCAGUGUAGCAUCAAGUGGUCUACAACAGAGGGAAGGUCUUCAAAACUGUUUAGUUUUAUCAUUGUGUAUAUUUACUGGGAAUGGUCAGUUUAUUGCAUUAACAGACCAUGAAGGUCAUACACCUGGUGAGAUGUUCUGGCCAAGUCCAGACCGCUGUCCUUUUGUGGAUGAUGAUGAAGUACCUGUCAUUAAAAUGCACAAGUUCCACACUGCAUGCUCCUUUACAGACUGGAUUACUGAGUAUGCAGAAAGACUAUCACAGAAUUACUACCCUGUUAUAAACAAGGAAAUAUUUAAGUUUGAAUAUGCUGCUUCUGCAACUACCCAUGGGAUAACAGUGAAAACAACCACAGCAUUCUUACCCGAGUUGAGCAGUGUUCAUCCACCAUCAUUCUUUUUUACUUAUCGUAUUUCAAUAUCAAUGGACAAAGAUUGCCCAGCGGGAGAGAAAUACCAAUUAACAACCAGGGAUUGGUACAUAACUGAUGGUARUGGUGAUAAGACUGAGGUCCAUGGUGCGGGGGUGAUUGGACAGUACCCUGUGAUGUCACCUGGCGCUCUUCAUGAAUAUGUCAGUUGUACAAGAUUUCAAACACCAACUGGGACAAUGGAGGGCUAUUAUAUGUUUAAACAUUGUAGUUUAAGUAGAGAAGAUAAAACAAUCCAGGUGCGAAUACCUCCUACACAUUUUAAAAGUCUCCCAUUCAUUGAGGCAGAAGUCAGGCUAAACAAACUGGCAAGGAAACUUGAAGAGUCAUAAUUUGUCAUGUGAACAGAAACCUAUGAAAUGUAUUGACCCAAUGUUGUGGACAUAGUAUAGAUGGUUAACUUCUACCACUUCUUGGUUUUCCCCAUUACAGUCAGGACACUCUACUUGUGAGCUUYACAAACUUUCUUUGAAAUUAAGGUCUAUUUUGAGAAGUUUAUUGAACAGUAGGUUUGAGGGAAAAAAUGUAAAGCAAAACACACAUUUCAGAAAGUGGUGCAAUGUAGGGCAGGGGCAUAAAGCAAAUGUAAAUCUUAUCUAUGGACUGGGUACUGAUCCAUUCAUUGCUAGUUUCCUGUUCUUAGCUUAUGCUGGGUAAUCUGACUUAUCAGAUUACCCAACAUAAUGAUACCAGAUACCUGAUAUCACCUGACCCUCCUCCAGAGUGAAAUCACUGAAACCUAUACCCUGUUCCAGAGUAGAAUCGCUGACCRAAUCGUAGACCGAAUUUUUACCCCGUGAAUUUUUACCCAGCAUCAAUAAUUCUGGAAUUAAACGCUGACCUGUUCCAGAGAAAAUUUGUUGAAAUCAAUAUCCUGUUCCAGGGUAAAAUCACUAAAAAUGAUAGCCUGUUCCAGAGUAAAACCACUGAAAACAAUACCCUGGUUGGCGGUACGUACCCGUAAAGGGAGUAAGGGAGUACCCCUCCCCCCUCUCCCUAAAAAAAACAAACAAAAAUAAUUAAGGAAACAAAACUUUUCACCAUUCAAACUUUAUUGCUAAUAAUAGAUUGUUUUACUACAUUUGGUGUUGGGAAUUAGACAGACUAAAAAAUAGUUAUUUUCCUUUGACCAUGAAAGAAUAUUAAUAAGGCUUCUAGUGGACAUCACAAGGAUUUAUUUUUUUUCUUMUGUUGAGUUAAUUAUUUAACUAGUACUGACUUGAAGGUCAUUGUACUUUCAUGGUCAAUGUUUAUAACAAUUCUACAUUUUAAUUUGAACAAAGGCAUAUCAUUUUAGCAAAGUUGUGUGGAAAAUAAAAGUAUACAGUAAACCGAGUUCAAUAAACAUCUGAAUAAAC